AUGGGGGAAGAGGCGAUGAUGUAUCGACUCUCGCAGAAGCUCGACAAAGAGGAAGUGAGCAGGAGGCUGUUACCAGGGGUGUGGUCGCUGAUCGAGCAAUACCUAUCUUUCCCGACGAGCACCCUAUACAUGGUGGAAGACAAGGAGAAAAUUCCAUGGCCAGCUAUCACAAUAUGCCCCAAGAAUUCCCUCAGCUUAAAAAUGCUCCAGAAGGAAUCAGACUAUAAAAAUCUCGAUAAGCUGAGGCAGAGAAGAGCAAACGAGCUUAAUGAGACUGAAGAGCAGUUUUUUGAGACAUUCCGCCUGAAAUUCCCAGAACUCAUCCCUUCAAGCACCCUUGGACCUUUCGAGUGGCAGGUUACCCAACGGACAUUCUUCAUCCACGAGAGAAGGACCUAUUUCUACGAGUGCUACAUUCUCCUUAGGAGAAAAGAUCAAAUGCCAAUAGGGGCGACAAGUUGUUCCAAUCACUUCAUCGGAUUCCAAUUCGGAAAUAUGUUUCCCAUUUGGAAUCUGGAGGAACCAGAAGUAGAAAUAUACUUCCACGAUCCUGAAGAACAAUACUCCCCAUUCCCCGGUCUGACCUGGAUGCCGAUCAUCCUCCACAAUGAUUCCAGGGUUGAACUUUUGCUCACGCCUCAAUUAAUGGAGUUCCGAGACAAGCCUUCUGCUCGAUGCGAUAUGGAUCCCAGAUACAGUUACGUGAAGUGCAUGGAGGAGUGCUUCUUCGACAAGAUCCUGCGCGAUCCCGACGCGGAGUGCAUCAUGAAGAGGCUCCUCCCUCCCUGGAGGAAUUGGACCGCGGAGACGAACAAACCGGAAUGUGGACGGAACAAAGCGUGGAAAUUUCAACAAUUCUUCAACUUUCUCCCCGCCGGGAAUUUUCGAACGAUAAGAAAAUUCCCACCGACAGUUUUGAGACAAUGCAAGAUUGGGUGCACAAAACGCUGCAAAACGGUGGACUACUCAGUGGUUCCCAAACCAACCCUCUGUAAGGCAAUGCGCCAGGGGGAGUUGGGCUUCUCUGUUCCUUCCAACAAGGUGGGGAGAUUUCUGGAGCAGCCCGCCAUGUCUCUGCUGACCCUGCUGUCCGACAUCGGAGGGAUCCUGGGUCUGUGCCUGGGGGUUUCCAUACUGAGCCUCUUCGACGGCUUCGAGUGGAUGUUUCUAACUGUCUACAAACGCGUCAUUCAGAAAGUUCAGUCUUGAGUCGAACCCGUUUUCCGCUUUCA